AAUGAUGCAAAUCUGGAAAUGCUGUCACAACAUUUAUUUGUAAAAUGCUUGACCUUUAACUUUUCGUCUGUGUUGGUUGAGUCGAUGCAUACUCUACUUAAGGAGUAAGAAAUACUUUUUAAAGUGAUAUCCUAUGAAAUCUAUCUUUUAUAUUUCUUGCAAUGGGUAUGCGUGAACUCAGGCCCCCACUCCCACAAUUUUUGACGUUGGCAUGGGAGCUUGAGUUGAUCUUAUAGGUAUAUAUGUGCAAAGGGAAGUCAACAACCUCAGCCACGGCUCUUAAACUUGCUUUGUCCAUGUUAGUUAUCGCUUAUGGACAAACAAUAGUUCAAUUUCAUCCACUGUGCUCCUACUCCUUGAUGAUACUUGUGGAUGUUGACGGAGGAAUUAUAUCUUUUGCUUGAUGUAUAUCUGCUUGAAUAGGAAUUGCACCAGACUUUCGAGCCAACUUUUUGUGAAAAUCAAAAGCUACAAAAAGCUUGUAACUUUGAUGAAAAAGGAAGUGUAAACAACAAUAAGAAAGAUUGCAUGAGCCUUAAAACACGUAGAUUUUGGUUGGAAAGUGGGGCACUGUCGAGGUUUCUUUUCAAUAUCCUUACAGAUAAGACUCAAUACCCCGUCUCUACUAAUCAAAAAAGUGACAAACUCUUCAACUUUUCUGGGGUCGGAUCUUUUCUUUUAAUUUAUUUAAUUUUGCCCCACCAGCUAAGACAUCUGUCCUGUGAUUUUAAGUCAUCAUUUUAUGUUAAAGAGAAAUAAAAUAAAAGGUUGGUGCGGGAAAAGAAAAAGAAAGGGAAAGAAACUGAUAUACUGAGAGAUUACAGAAGACAAUUUAAGUGACUUAACGCAUAUUGCAUAAUUAUUGUUUUUUAAAGAGACUAAUAAAGUUGACUUUUAUAUCUUUGGUUUAGCCUAUUACAUGAAAGAUACUAGUAGUUCUUUCUGCUAAUACUUUCUUAUGACUUAAGCAUGCUAAAUUCCAAUAACUAAAAGGGCCCUAAUAUUGCAAAUUCUUACGCGCACUUGCCAACCGAGCAUUUUGAUUGAUUAAGGAAAUAAUAAAUUAUUUUUAGUUUCCUCGUCUAGUUGUCAUCUUGAAUCUUUUAUUAGGUUUCAAUAAGUAAAUAUUUAUGUGGAUCCCACGAAGAGUCGAAAGGAAGAAGAAAAAGUUAGUAAAAGAAGGAGCAACAUAAAACUAAACAAAGUAGAUAAGCAAAGACUAAACAAACUGAGUUUUGAAUGAUAUAUCUUCAUCGAUAUAAAGUUUGGAUUCUCAUCAAAUUCACCCCUUUCACUAUUACAAAAAGAUGUUUUUCCCAUCUCAUUCCCGCCGAAGCAGUUUACUAGAAAACGCAUGGUGGGAAACAGAUUCUCACUGAAACACUGGGAAACUUCAUACUUUGUCCGUGUGAAAACACUAGUAUUUAAGUUUUUCCCAUCGACAUUCAAGGGGAAAUAGCCACUAAAUGUUUUUCAAUGGGAAAUUAGUGGAAAAUAGAGAUUUUUUAGUAGUGUUUCCCUCCGUUGUCCAAGCUGCCCCUCCUAAAAAGAAAAAAAUAAAAUAAAUUCUAUAUUAAAGAAAAAGGUUUAGUAAUAUAGUUUUCAAUGUGAUAACUUUUGGAAAUGACAAAAUGGCUUUUUCCUGGCUGCUAAUUUAGAAAUGGAUUCUCCCUCGUUGCUUAACUGAAUUAACAAAGGCAUCUUUUCAUUCUCUUAUUGAUUUCUUUAUCUUCAUCUUGCUUCUGUCUUCUCUUUUGACCAUCCUUCUCGAGGUUUCUUCGUUUAGAGCAAGAGAUAUUUAUCCUCAACUUGUGUAUGCAUAUAUUUCUCAGAAGAAAAUUCUCUACAAUUUAUUUUUUAUACCAUUGAAGACCCUUUUGAAGAUUCUUGAAUUGGAAAAAAAAGAAAAUGAUGAGUGGUGCAUGUUGUAGGCUUUUCUUGAUUCUGGGAAUCGUAGCAUUUAUAACAAUGGCGAGGAGAUGUUUGAGCGUGGGAGUGAACUGGGGUACUAUGGCAUCUCACCAGUUGCCACCAGAGAGUGUGGUGAAGAUGCUUAAAGAAAAUGGCUUUGAGAAAGUAAAACUGUUUGAAGCAGAUGACAAGAUAUUGAGUGCUUUGAUAGGUAGUGAUAUUGAAGUGAUGCUUGCAAUUCCUAACUACAUGUUGCAAGAUAUGAGCACUGACCCUGGCCUGGCGGCUUCUUGGAUUGAUGCCAAUGUCUCUACUUAUGCUUACACUCGUGGAGUCAAAAUCAGGUAUGUGGCAGUAGGAAAUGAACCGUUUCUUCAAACAUACAACGGCACAUAUCUGCAUUGCACUUUGCCAGCUCUGAGAAAUGUUCAAGAAGCUAUCAACCAUGCUGGACUAGGCCCAAAGGUGAAAGCAAUCGUCCCCUUAAAUGCUGACAUCUACUACUCCCCCUACUCGAACCCCGUCCCCUCAGCUGGGGAUUUCAGGCCAGAAAUACGCGAUUUAGCCAUUCAAAUUGUCCAAUAUCUGCACUCAAAUGAUGCACCCUUUGUGGUUAACAUCUAUCCUUUCCUCAGUCUCUAUGAAAACAAUUAUUUCCCAUUAGAGUAUGCCUUCUUUAAUGCAUCAAACAAGCCUAUAAAUGAUGGCAAUUAUCUUUAUACUAACGUGUUUGAUGCCAAUUUCGAUACUCUUGCUUGGUCUUUGAAGAAAGCUGGCUUUCCUGACAUGAAAAUCAUAGUUGGAGAAGUCGGGUGGCCAACAGAUGGCAAUAAAAAUGCAAAUACUGAAAAUGCCAAGAGAUUUAACCAAGGAUUGAUUCAACAUGCUCUAAGUGGAGAAGGAACCCCUGCAAGGAAGGGCAAAAUAGAUGUUUACUUGUUCAGUCUGAUUGAUGAGAAUACUAAAAGCAUUGCUCCUGGUAGUUUUGAGAGGCAUUGGGGAAUAUUUGAGUUUGAUGGGAAGCCAAAGUAUGAGCUAGAUUUAUCUGGCCUGAAGAAGCAUAAAAGCCUAGCUGCGGUAGAAGGUGUGAGUUAUAUGCAUAAAAGGUGGUGUAUGCUAAAGCCGCGGCAUGCACAAAAUGACUUGGGAAAGAGUAUUGAUUAUGCUUGCAGUCUUUCUGAUUGCACUGCUUUGGGGUAUGGUUCUUCCUGUAAUCAUCUGAGUGCACAAGGGAAUGCUUCCUAUGCUUUUAAUAUGUAUUACCAAUUCAAAAGCCAGAACAGUUUGGACUGUGAUUUCCAAGGCUUGGCUAUGGUAACUCAUAAGGAUCCAUCUGAUGACAAGUGCCACUUUCCAGUGAUGAUUGAUGACCGUCCUAGAGUAAUGCUGUUGCACAAGAAUUUAGUGUAUAUUAUACUGGCUAUUCUCCAAGGAUUUCUAGUAGUUUUGCUGCUUGUUUCUUAGAGAAAAAGCCAAUGCUCUCUCAUGAUUUGCUUCCUUUUUUUUUUUUUCUUUUCUUUCCUACCACAGCAAGUAUUAGAAUGCAGGUCAUCUGCCCAGCAUUCAUAUUAUAAACACCUGAAUGAUGCAAA